AUGGAUCAACUACUAAGAAUCAUUUACCAUUGGUCAUAUCCCAGAGCCUCAAGUGACAGAACUAGUCAAGGAACUGCUAACGAUGAUUCAAUGGCUUCACUGAAGGCUCAAAUUACCAACCUGACUAAUAUGGUCAAGAACAUGAACACUGCUGCAGCAUCGUCAACUAGCCAUGAAAUCAACAAUAUUUCAGAAUCGGAAAUUCACAUAGAGACAGAAGUUCAGGCUGAAAUAGAAAUUGGCAAAGGAAAAAGAGUAGCAGAAGCUGAAUCCGUGGAAAAAGCAGAACCAAGUGAAGCACCAGUCCAGAAAAGUGUAGAAACACCAAGGGAAUAUAGACCACCACCUCUCUAUCCUCAAAGGCUUCAAAAGACAAACCAAGAUAAUCAACUCAAGCAUUUUUUGAAUGUGUUGAAGCAAUUUCACAUAAAUAUACCCUUAGUUGAGGCUCUUGAGCAGAUGCCUAACUAUGCAAAAAAUUUUAAGGAUAUCUUGACUAAGAAAAGGAGGUUAGGAGAAUUUGAAACCGUAGCUUUAACCAAGGAGUGCAGUGCAAUUUCAAAAGACAAGCUUCCACAGAAAAUCUGGGAUCUAGAGAGUUUUACAAUUUCAGUCUCUAUUGGUGGAAAGAACGUGGGUCAUGCUCAAUGCUAUUUGGGUGCAAGCAUAAACCUUAUGUCAUUGUCAGUAUAUUAG